ACCGAGGUCAUCCAACACCACCAACUGAAGUCGACGAUCUGCGGUGGCGGACAUCUGAGGGGCGAGAAGAGUCGGUUCGCAGCUUCAGCUCGUUACCGGCUUCCGUUUCUUUUCACCGUCAGUCUUUGGUGUCCGCAUGCUUGGGACCGGGCAGUGUGUCACCUCCAUGCCCAAUGAUGUAGAAGGUGUAGAAGCGGGUAGAAUUCUAGAAUGUAGAGCCAAAAUUUAUGAGGCGGAACCAUGCCCGGUAAAUUUCCAACUCCGAGAAGCAUUUCCCCUUCCCCCAAAAAUUUAGGGCGCCAUUUCAAAUCGAACUCCAAAAUUUCACGAAUUCCCUUCCCUCUUCGUACCCUCGUCUCCAUUCUUCUCCUUCCCAAAGAGAGGAAAUCCCCGUCGACCCACCCCCUCAUCUGCCUUUCCGAUCCCAUGGCCGUGCCCCACAACGCCACCACCGAAGGCGACCCGGCCACGGAGGAUAUCAAGAACCCCGCCGAGGCCUCUCCGACCGCCGUCUCGUCUCCAUCCAAGCACAACAAAUCGCUCGGCGUUCGAGUUGCCCAUGGCCGAACCUACGACUCCGAGAAUGGCAAGUCUUGCCAUCAGUGCAGGCAGAGGACAACGGAUUUUGGGGCACCGUGCAGGCAGAUUCGGAAGGACAAGCCCUGCCCCAUAAAGUUUUGCUACAAAUGUCUCCUCAAUAGGUAUGGGGAGAAGGCUGAAGAGGUUGCUCUGAUGCAAGACUGGAGUUGCCCCAAAUGCCGUGGCGUUUGCAACUGUAGCUGCUGCAUGAAGAAGAAGGGUCACCUGCCGACAGGAAUUCUCAUCCACACCGCCAAGGCGACUGGGUUCUCUUCGGUGCAUGAAUUACUUUAUAAGCAGGGAUCUGAUGUGUUGGCUGCUGCAAAUGGACUGAGAAGUUUGAGCGCGGCAAGCCCUGACGUCUAUAAAAAGGGGUUGGUGGCUCAUAAAAGAAGUCAUGGCAAGGAAAAUCACCUUGAUGAGCCUUCUGUUGGUGGUGAUGACAAGAAAGGUAAUUCACAUGCGAAAAAAGAAACAAAAAGAGCAUCGAAAAAACUAAAGCGUGACAGUGAGUGUGGCGGUGAGAAUGUAAUUGGGCUCUGUAGAAGCAAUGCAAAACCAAAGGAUGAUGAUACACAAAAGCAGGAUGAAAAGAAACCCUUUGUGAAGAAUGGCAAUACAGAGAUGCAGCCAAAUAAUGAUAAGCCUGUCCAUAUGAAUUGCAUUAAUGAUCAACUCAAAGGUUUGCAACAUUUGCCAAAUUCUCCUGAACAACAAAAUGAUUAUACAGAUAAUUGGCUAAAUACAGAUGCAAUAAAAGUUUCUGGCAAGAAAAAAAUUCAUAAUGUCCAAGGCAAACCUUCGCGCAAAGUACACAAGAUCAAGAAACAUGGUAAUAAAUACUCAAAUAUUGUUGAGGAAAAAGUGUCAGCUGGCUUACCAAACAAAAAAGUCAAACUCAAACAACUGGUGAAAGAUCGAAAGUCCAGGAAAUAUGGUAGCAACAACCCUACUGAACGUGAGAAUUUAGCAAUUGUGAUUCCUCAGGGUGCACCAUUAAUAGAGGUUGCAGGGGUUGAUUGGGCAGCUGAGGAUGUUGGUGCAGCUUUGCAAUUUUUGGAAUUCUGCAAUGCAUUUUCAGAGGUGCUUGAUAUAAAGAAAGGAGAACCUAUAAAUGUUCUCAGAGAACUAUCAAGAGGAUGUGUUGGACGUCGAGGAGUGCACUCUUCAAUUGUUAAAUUUCACAUCAAAUUAUUGAUGUUUAUUCAGAAGGACAUGGGCAACGAGUCUGUUUCAUACUCAAGCAGUGGAGAUAAGUGGCUGCAAUCUGCUGUUAACUGCAUCAAUGAAUCUGAAUGUGCCUUAAAGGUACCUUUGGAAUGCUUGAACAAGGAUUCCUUAGCAUAUGAUAGUUGGGAUGCAUCAGAUAAGCUCAAAUUGUUGAAUCUUCUCUGUGAUAUAACACUUGGAACUGAGGAACUACGGAACUGGAUUGAUAAAGAAAACAAAAAAUAUAUUGAAAGAAACAAGGAGGCAAAAGAAACAAUUAUUGCUGCCAAGAAAAAGGGAAAGGAUCUAAAGAAAAAAUUGAAGGAUGAUGUGGCCAAAGCUAUGCUUUCUUUGAAGGAAGGAUCAUAUUCUGAUGCUGAGCAUGAGAAUCUUGUCUCACAAAUAAGAGCUGAGACAGAAAAAGCUCAUGCUGAGAUGCUAGAGAUAAUGGAACAAUUGCCAAAAGAUUCAGAUAACACAAGAAAAGAUGCAGUUCGAACAGAGCCGUUAUUUUUGGAAGGAGAAGGACGCGUGUAUUGGACUCUUGGAGGGUUUUGUAGUAAUUCUAAAAUUAUACUUCAAGAUAUCAGGACUUGGGACUCAGUGAUGCUUGAGGAUAAAUGGUUUACAUAUGUUGAAGAGGAAAAGAACUCAGUUGAGAGACAUAUUUCUUCUUCACGGAGGAACUGGAGGCAAAAGAUGAGUGGCGGUUUUCUGGAACAAGACUCAGAGGAUGUACAUUUGAAGUUGAAGCUUGUAACGCAUGGUGCAGAAUGAGUUCAUGUCAAUGCAGAAUUGGAAGCUCAGUAGACGAGCAAUAUAAUGCAACAACGAUUGGAGUGCUGACUGACGGCCAGUUGAAUUGCUCUUUACACAAAAGGAAUGUGUUGAAUUGCUGUUUACACAACAGCAAAGUGACGGUUUUUUUUUUUGUGUGUCAAUUUUGGCCAACUUAUUUCUUUUUUACACCCGCUAUUCUCUGUUGCAAUUGUUGCCCUGUAAGCUGAAGCUGCGUUGCUUACCGUAGCGUAGCCAGAAAAGAAAAAGAAAAAAAUCAUCUUUUUUUGUUUUUUUUAAUUGGGAGAAACAAAGACCUGCCUCUGCUCUGCUGCCCACUGCUCAUGCUUUCUCGGUGCCCUGUUUCUUUUAGGUGACAGCAAAAGCUCAGUUCAUGGUCGAAAUAUAAGCGCACAAGUUGUCA